AUGAGAUUACACACAGGGGAGAAACCAUAUAAAUGUGAUGUGUGUGGAAAUACAUUCACUGCACGAAGCACACUAUGGAGUCAUGUGAAAAUUCACACGGGCGAAAAAGAUCUUGAAUGUGAAGUAUGUGGAAAACGUUUCACAUUGAUAAGUACAUUAAAGAAGCAUUUAUUAAUUCACGAUGAAACCUAUAAUGAAAGGUUUGAUUGUGAUAUUUGUGGUAAGCAGUAUAUGGCCAGAAACUCAAUGCAAAGACAUAGAAAAACUCACUUCUUUACAGAUCCUAAACCUUAUAAUUGUGACAUUUGUGACAAAAAGUUUUCACUGGCAUCGUCCAUGCAAAGGCAUAAAGAAAUUCAUUUCCGUGGAGAGAUGUCGGCUGAUUUUGAAUGUAAAUAUUGUGGGAAGACUUUGUCAUACAAAAGUUCACUAGCUUUACACAUGAAAAGAAUACAUAAAAUGAAAAUUGAUGGGACACCUUUAGAAAGUGGUGAUGCUGGAAUGUUUCUUGUCACAGAUGAUUCAGUAGCUGAAAAAUCUGCUAGUUCCAUGCUAGAGGAUAGUAAAAGUGACGUCAAUGAGGAAGAAACAGAGGAAAAUAAGAAUUCAGAUAAUGAUUCGAUUAACGAAGACACAGAUAUAUCAAGUGAUACUGAUCCAUAUAAAUAUGCUUUAGAUUUGGUUGAAAAAGAAAUCCAUAGACAGUUUGAAAGUACAAACAAUGAAAAUAGUCAGACUGAAUCAAAAUCUUGUGAUACAUCUAUAUAA